AAAAAAAUAAAAGAGAGUUUUUUUUUUAAUUAUUUAUUUAUUUUCACUUUUUCUUCUUCUGAAGCGUUAAACAAUAACGUAUAUUGAAACACAACCAUUUUCAUUUUCUCCACAACCCAUAAACAAAGUUAAUAUUUAUUUCUCAUUCAUGGGGGAUCAAACCCUAAACCUACCGGUUACUCUAUCACUAAGUUCAACCCAAAACGGAUCAGAAACCACCAACAAUCCCGUAGAAGUUGUCGGGGUUGAUGCUGGUUCCGAUACCGGAGAAAAGUCCGAACCUAAAGUUCUAAGUUCGGACUCCGUUCGGGUGAAAAGGGCUAGAGGCAGGCCUAGAAAGUGCGAGGUUGAUGGAAACAAGUCUUCUCUGAUGUCUGCGUCUGUGUCGGUGUCUGAAACAUCCGAGUCUACUAUUCAGCCUUUUGGAAGUGAAGUGAAACGUGGAAGAGGACGUCCUCGUGGUUCUGGAAAACUUCAGAUUUUGGCUUCUAUGGGUGGAUGUGUUGCUGAAACUGCUGGAGGAAGCAUGACACCUUAUGUGCUGACUGUGAACCCCGGAGAGGAUGUGGUUGGAAAAAUAUUUACAUUUUUUCAGAAAGGUCCUAGAGGAGCUGUUUGCAUACUUUCUGCUGCUGGUUCUGUAUCAACUGUCAUCCUUCGUCAACCCGGUGUUUCCGGUGGUUCUUUAAGAUAUGAGGGUCACUUUCAGAUUUUAUCGUUGAGUGGAUCAUGCACUUUCACUAGUGGUGCUGCUGGUGGUGCCGAGAGGAAAAUUGGCAUGUUGAGUGUUUCAUUGGCUAAGCCUGAUGGAGUGGUUUUUGGAGGUGGUGUUGAGAGUUCAUUGAUAGCUGCUACUCCUAUUCAACUUAUUCUGGCAACAUUCAAGCAAAACAUAAGCAACCAAAUAAAGAGAAAGUACUCAUCUCCAACUUCAACAACAGCUCCAAACAUGGUGACUAAUCAAGAUUCGUCGAGCGAUAAUAACUUGAAAGUUCCGAGGUUAACCGUAGAAGGAGAACCCAGCUGCCUAAGAGCAACAGCAACAAAAAAUACUAAUGGUGUAGCAGAAAGAGAUGAUAAUGUGAAAGGUGAAAGAACAACUAACGGUGUUUCAGAGUCAGAAAAUAUCACUAAUGUUCAAUCUGAUUCUGUUGGGGAUGGUGUUAUUGACCUUGAAAGCCAGACACUGGAGCAUGUUGAUGCCAACAGUGUACCUUAAUUAUGAAGCAGAGUUUGUUGUUGAAAAUGAAAGUUGUUGUGUAAUUUUGUUAGGUGGCAGGGAGGGUACUUAGUAUGUAUGAAAGUGGCAGACUCAUUAAUUGGAUUUCUUUUUAUUUCCAAUUUUGGAAAGUUAUGAUGCUUUUGUGGAUU